AAGGUUCAAUUCUCUCAGCCCAUUUUGCACUUAUGCGAGGGACGGGCUUGCUUUUGCGAACGGAAUCCUUUCGUUUUUUUCUGUUUGUGUGCAACGCUUGAAGUAUUCCCGUCUACGUUCUUUGGCUUUUUCAACCUCGGGUGAAGAGGAGGAAUGGUGAAGAAGUUGGAAGAGUUGAUGGGAAGUUUUGGGAGAUGGCAGACAUGGAUAUUUUGCAUCAUAUUUUGCAUAAAUAUUGUGGGCAUGUGGCAAAACUUCUCCAUUAGUUUUCUGGCCCCAAAUGUUGGUUUCCACUGUGUCAAUUCCACCGAUCGUUGUUUCUUUGGGAACUCUUCCCUGCCUUGCACACAAUGGGAAUAUGACACCUCUUUCUAUCCUGAAACCAUUGUCAGUAAGUGGGAUCUUGUGUGUGAUCGUGAGUGGUUAAUCUCUAUGGUAAAGUCUUCCUACAUGGCUGGAUUUCUUGUGUCCACAAUCCUUUUUGGUCAAAUCUCUGAUUGGAUAGGUCGCUUUCCAGUCUUGGUGAUCUGUUAUUCCAUCACAAUGGUCAGUAUGUUCCUGUCUCUCCUAUCUACCUCCUACGUCAUGUUUGCUGCUCUUCGUUUUUUCCAGGCUUUGGGAAGGAUAGGACUGACCACCACCGGAUAUGUACUAUUAAUGGAGGUAGUUGGAGAAGAACAUCGCACCAAUGUAGGAAUUUACAUUCAAUUUGGUUGGUCAAUUGGCUUCGUUACAUUACCAGUUAUUGCAUACUUCCUCAGAAAUUGGAUCUCUCUUCAGCUGGCUAUUUUUCUUUCUUUCAUACCUCUUGUGGGUGCAUACAAGAUACUGCCAGAGUCUCCAAGAUGGUUGAUGAUGCAGGGAAAAGCAGAAAAACUUGAAAAACUAUUGCAAAAAGCUGCAAAAAUGAACAAAAUGGAAUACAAGAAAAUGAAUCUCGAUUUGCUUCCUAAACAUACCAAGGAAUCGCCGAAAUCUGUUCUGGAUUUAUUUAAAGCGCCUCAUCUCAGAGUAAGAACACUUUGCAUGGUCUAUUUAUGGAUGGUGAAUGCAUUCAUGUACUACGGUCUGUCCUACAACACAAAUGAUCUGGCUGGCGACCCAUACAUCAACUUCCUUGUAUCGGGAGCUCUAGAAAUACCUUCCUACAUGCUUCUCAUAUGGGCCGUGAAGCGACUGGGUCGCCGUCCCACGCUUGUGGGUUUCAUGUUAGCUGCGGGCAUUGCUUGCGGCGCAAUAGCUGUAAGUCCGAAUAGCCUCCCAUGGUUGGCUACAAGUUUGGCGAUGAUUGGCAAAUUUUGUAUAACAGCUUCUUUUGGUUUACUCUACUUGUAUACGGGCGAACUCUUCCCUACUGUUGUUAGAAAUGUCGCCAUUGGAUCAAGCUCUAUGUGGGGAAGAAUUGGAUCUAUCAUAGCACCUUUCGUCAAAGAACUGGGUCAAGCUACACACGCUUGGUUACCUAACGUGGUCUACGGUCUCUUAGCCAUUAGCAGUGGACUUCUGGCUCUUCUUUUGCCAGAAACAAAGGAUAAGAAAAUGCCCGAUACUCUGGAAGAAGCAGCUGAAAAAGAAGUAAAGCCAGAUGAACUAGUGCCUUUACGUCAGAAUUCCUUGAAGUGAUUCAUGACAGAAUUAUUAAAGGUGGAAUUAAAUUUUGAAAUCCUAUGAUGUGUGCACGUUAGCAUUUAUAGAAAAUUCAUUAGAUGAAAAAAGUAUCUCUUGUUUAACGCAUCAUUUAAAGAACCCUGCUUUUGUUGAUUUGGCAGCUACUGGUAAAUAAAUCUACUUAAAAGUUUUUUUUUCUUUCCAAA